CGCCAAGGGAGGAAGUGUCGUAACGGCUGACAGGAAACUUGGCCGUGGGUUACGGCAGCGGCGGCCGCGCUUGGCGGCCGCUGGAUGAGCGGAGAGUGGGAGCCGCGGCGCUGAGGAGACGCGGGGGAUAUGGCCGAGGUACCGCCGGGGCCUAGCAGCGUCCUCUCCCCGCAGGGGGAUACGCUCUCCCCCUUCCCCGGAGGAGGAGGGGGGGCUGCUUCCUCCUCCUCUUCCACCUCCUCUGCUGCCGCCGCCGCCUGCACCGGGGCCCAGGACGAGGAGGCCGAAGAGGAGGAGGAAGAGGAGGGACCCGCGGGCGGACGGGAGCAGCAGCAGCGAGGAGGAGGAGGCAGCGACGGCGGCAAGGGGGGGCCGCAGCAGCACCGCCUCCACCACCACCACCACCAUCCCCCGCACCACAACCACCAGCUCAACGGCCUCAUCAGCCCCGAGCUGCGGCACCUGCGGGCCUCCCUCAAGAGCAAGAUCCUCAGCUCGGAGGCAGGGGCAGCCCCCGAGGGGCUGGAGAACAAGCGAGCCAGCAAAACAAUGGGCUCCGGACAGCAGCAGUCAUCACCCCCGACCACAGCACCGUGCUCAUCCUCCCUUACCAACCACCUCCCUCCCCAGGGAAGGACUGCACCCUCUCCUCCUUCUCCCCCAGCAGCAGCAGCAACAGGGGACAGGAGCCAGCCUGCUGCCACUACUACAGCUGCUGCUAAGACUGCAGCCCGCAAUGGACUGGCAGGAGGGACUGGCUUGGAGGAGGAAGAGCAGGAGGAGGGGGAUGAAGGAGAGGAGGAGAAUAAGUCCCUGCUGCUACUCUCCACGUCCUUAGCAGCAGCUUGCAGUUUGAAAGGCUCGGGAACGGACUCUCAGCCCGAGGAGGACCUAACGAUACGAUACGUCCGAUACGAGUCAGAGCUGCAGAUGCCCGAUAUCAUGAGACUGAUCACCAAAGAUCUGUCUGAACCCUACUCCAUUUACACAUAUAGGUAUUUUAUCCACAACUGGCCACAACUUUGCUUUUUGGCCAUGGUAGGUGAGGAGUGUGUAGGUGCCAUCGUCUGCAAGCUGGAUAUGCACAAAAAGAUGUUCCGCAGAGGUUAUAUAGCCAUGUUAGCAGUGGAUUCCAAAUACAGAAGAAAAGGAAUUGGUACAAACUUGGUUAAGAAAGCUAUUUAUGCUAUGGUUGAAGGAGAUUGUGAUGAGGUUGUAUUGGAAACAGAAAUCACAAAUAAGUCUGCUUUGAAACUUUAUGAAAACCUUGGUUUUGUGCGAGACAAGAGGCUGUUCAGAUACUAUUUAAAUGGAGUUGAUGCACUGCGUCUUAAACUAUGGCUGCGUUAAAAGAAACCAUCACAUCAAGCAACUGACGUCCCAACAGCGCAGAGUUGUCCUUUGCAUGCAAUGCAAUUUGUACAAAAUUGCUUUGCAGGUGGACUUAUAAUUUCCAAGCAGCUCUUAAUCUGUCAGUGUCUCAUUGAGUGUCGCACAUAUUUGUUGCACUUUGGCAUGGCGCAUUUGUUCAGAAUUAAAACCGAUUGUUUCAAACUUCGAGUUCUUUUGGUACCAGCAAGAUGUGCCAGUUGAUAGCCAAGAUAUGUUCAUUCAUUUGCAAGUCUACUGACUGUAUUACAUACACAGUGAACGUUUUAUCAAAGAACCUGUAUGUGGAACGCAACUUUUGGUUCCAGAAAAAAGCCAAUGUAGAUUGUAAAAUUCUAUAAGUAUACUAACAUUUCAUACAAAAAUUACCAUAGUUUUCUGGAAAAAGGCUUCAAUUUUAGGUUUUAUUUUUCAAUAUUGAAUUUUCCAUUCUUAAAUAUUGGUACCUCAGUGAUUAGUGAAUGAAAAAAUGUAUUGUAGGGUGGGGUGUGUGUUACAAUGAGUAACAGUAACAAUUAAAUUGCGUCUGCCAGUGCCUGUAUAGAUAAGUAUAUUUGUCUUCACCUCUAAGUUUGGAGUGCAUGCUUUUAUUCUUUUACUUUCUUCAAUUGUCUUUGCAAGAAAAUUUCUGCUUUUAUUUAAAUUCUGGAUUUGAUAAUAAAUUAUUUCAGAUUUUUAUAAUUUGGAUACUUCUCCCAAACGAGGGUUUGGAAGGCCCUUCUUUUCUUAAUAGCAAGAAGUGUAAGCUAUUUUGAAAACCUUGAGUAGCUGCUGAAAAAUGUCACCAGUAAAUCGCUGCUGGUUUUGGAUGCACUUUUUUCGUUAAAAAGAGUGAGGGACUUUAAAAAGAAGAUAUAGAAAAUUAAUGUAAAUUGGUAUGAUUUUAUUUAAUCAAAAUUAUUGCUAGAAGCUCUGAAAAACAGCUAUUUUAAGAUAGUUGGAAUUUUUUUUUUCUUCAGAUUCAGAUUGCUUUGCUUCAGUGUUCUAAAAUGCUUCAAUCUUUGGUUCUUGGUCUUGGAAAUAAAUUUCAAGGUGUAUUGUAUGCAUUUUUAGCUGCUCUCAUUUUCUCUAAACUUACAUGAGCUAAAUUAUUGGGGGAUUUUUUUCCCCUCUAAAAUCAAAGCAGAGGGGAAGGACUUCUCUCUUUCUCACAUUUGCUCUUGCUCUGUUUUUCUUUUUUUUUUUUUUUCCUCCUUUCUUUAAUUGGGCUUACAUAGGUUUUACUGAUACCCAUCAAUUUUUUCAGUAAUUACAGUGUCUAGGCUUUUGUCGUGGUUUAACCCGGCAGGCAGCUAAAACAACCACACAGCCAUUCGCUCACUCCUCCAGUGGGGUGGGGGAGAGAAUCGAAAAGAAAAAAGAUUCAACCCAUGAGUUUUGAUGAAGACAGUUUAAUAGGACAGAAAAGGAAGAGAAUAAUAAUAAUAAUAAAAGGAUAUACAAAACAAGUGAAGCACAGCACAGUUGCUCACCACCCAAAGCCGAUGCUCAGCUUGUUCCUGAGCCACAUGACCUCCCAGCCAACCCCCCAGUUAUAUGUGGAACAUGACGUCGUAUGGUGUGGAAUAUCCCUUUGGCCAGUUUGGGGCAGCUGUCCUGGCCGUGUCCCCUCCCAGCUUCUUGGAUGCUCCCCGCCACCUUGUUGGUGGGGCAGCUGAGAAGCUGAAAAGUCCUUGACUGCUUGGCAACAACUAAAAUCAGUGUGUUACCAACAUUAUUCUCAUCCUAAAUCCAAACCACAGCACUGUACCUGCUGCUAGGAAGAAAAUUAACUCUAUCCCAACCAAAACCAGGACACCUUUCUUGUUCAGUGUGAUUAUGUAGCCCAGUUCUAUGAAUCAGUUGGGUUUUUUUCACUUUUGGAAAAAAAACAAACCCAAAACAUGAUACUAGUUGACUUGUGGAAGAACCUAUGUAAUCUAUUAAAAGGAUGGACUCGGUGAAUUUGCUCUUCUGUAGUUGAGCAUAUCUUCAGACUUGCCUUACUACACUUUUUUUUGUUUUUUAAGGGUUUGGUUUGAGUCAUGGGGUUUUUUUGCUAAUUACUGUACAUUUAAAACAAAACCCCUACCUCCAGUAACAUUUGGAAAAGAGCCCUGUGCAGGAAAACUGGAUUUAAAGGAAAGCCUUGUUUUGCACAGACCAAUCACACAUGGUGAUGGACAUUUCUUACCAUGUACAAAUUAUGAGUUGUAUUUGAAAAUAAAGAUUUUUAAUGGAAAUUGGCCCUUCUGAGUUUUCUGCUUGUAGACACCAUUUGUGCUUUUGAGGGGUUUUGUUCCCCUCAGAAAACUCAUCUUUAAAAUGGGGCUGGAGUCUGUUAUUCACAGAACAUGGUGGAGUUCAGCAUAAAGCCUGUAUGUUGCAGCUUCUCAGGAAGUUUCAUUUCUAGUUAAGACUUAAACGUUGGUAAUGUUAAUUCAGUUGAAACAGAUUUCUCUCAUACACAUUCCGGGGGUCCAGGACGUAGUGACUGCUCUGGCUUGAAGUAAGGAGAGAGAUCAGGGAGGUUUUGUACCUUGUUAACUGCCGUCGGACUUGUAUCACAAACUGCAAACCAGGCUAUCUUGUGUGUCUGCUGAUGUUUAAAAACUGAAAAGCCAGACAGGCAAGUUUUCCACGGGUUAAUAUUUAAGCUGUGGGUGUCUUCAGAUUCAAAAGCUGACUUAGAACUUAGCCCAAAUCACUUUUCACGAAGGAGCUGCCAAAAACAUGGCUUCUGAGCAAACUUCAAAUACAAUUCCAUUUGUUUAUUGUAAGAAGUAAUUGUCGCCAUGCACAUUUUGAAAAUACUGCGCAAAAUAGGUGCACGUUUCUUUUAAAAGAGCGCAUUGCCUGGAAGGUUCUGAUAUUGCUGCCGUGUAACACGCAGUUCGCUAUGGAAGAUGCUGAAGCGUUAUGUGUUGGUUUGUAUUAAACAGAUUUGUUCUCUGUGUUCUUGGGAUUCUGAUAUUAAGUGGGAAGUUCCAAAUAUGCAAAGAGGUGAAAAUAGGUUUUCAAAAGAAAUCUAGCAAUGAAGUUGGUUAUUUCUCAAGUCUGUUGCUAAAACAGAGUCCUCCCCCUGCCCCAACCUUUUGCAUUGACAAAUCUAACGGAGAAGUUGAUCACUUUUAUGUUUAAAUUUGCCCAAAUGUUGCUAUUGACUGACAUGUCGGUAUGGAUGUUUGCAUUAUAUUGUUUUUUAAGAAAUGGUCAUGUUCAUCACCUUCAAGAAAAGUAGGCAUAAUCUAAUUGGCCUUGCAUAGUACGUCACGAACUAUUUUUCAGGGCGCUGCAAGACAUUGCUAAAACUGAGUGCUAUUUUAAAAAAAUUUCAGGUCUUGUAUAAACCUUACAACCUAUAUUGGAGUUCGGGUAUCAGGUGGGCAUCUCUGAAAAUACCAAGUGUAUCUCGAAAUACUGGACUGCUGUUUUGAGUGGAUUAUAUUCUUCUGUCCCUUUAUCCUUUUUGAUGAGAACAAAAACAGUGGGGUUAUGAAAUGUACAAGCUGUCUAAAUACAAUGCGGUCAAAUAAAUGGUUAAGUUGUUUAUCUUUUUCCUUUUGAAUGGAAA